AUGCGCACGGAGCACAUUUUGGGCAUCACGGGCUUUCAGCUGAUGCCUGCCUACACUCAACACUUCUGCCACGUCCUGCCGAGAGAAGGAAGCUCUGACGAGCAACGUGUGCUGCUCCUUGCAGGUGACGUGGCCAUCUCGCACCACUUCUGGCCAGGUCGGGGGCUCAACACUGGGCUCAAAAGCGUGAAGGCCAUCGUCCGCAUGCUUGAAUGUCAAACGGUGGCAGACUGGUUGCAGCGAUACAAGGCCUUCAUGACCAAGCUCCGCAUUCCUGAGAUGCAGGGCCGGUCCGUGACGAUGAUGCAGGAGUCCCUGCAGUUGGGCUGGGGCUCUCGGCUGCUGUCCAGCACCACAAGUGGCAGGCUGCAAAUGCUGUUGCCUUGGGCUGACUGGUGGCAUGCGACCAGCACCGCAAGGGACCCGAUCACGGCUGCCAAGACCAGUGAGGAGAUGAACCGAGCGAGCUUUCUGAAGAGUUGCAAGCUUUGGCGCGAUUUCUUAGAAAGAAGUCCAGGAUGGAACAAUGCUCCGGUCACCGAUAAUCUCUUGCACACCCGCAUCAUGACUGAAGUUGCCAAGCCAAAGGCACUUGAGUUGGUCCGCAGCGCCUUUGACAAUGGCCCCGAUAGGGCACACACUUCACGCCAAGGAGGGCGCGAGGUCGAUCAAUCCAGCCGACGACGAGCAGUGGGCAUAGAUGUCUUGUGCCUAGGCCUAGUCGUGCGCAGAGUUUUUCUGUUCUGCUUACGGCAGGUCCACAAACUUGAAUCCUGA